AUGCUGUCGCGUGUCGCCCGCCAAAAAAAUGCAUUCCUUCACCUUCGGAGGGCUCAGGCCCUUCGAGGAUCGGUUUCACUAUCGACAACACAUAUUCAGCCAUACUCCGGUAAUCGGCCACCUCUCAUGAGCUCAUCGAACCAUUCCCUGCUCGAGCGGGUGCGCCGGCCCUCUUCGCAAGCGGAACGCCAUCUCGCAACGGCUGCCGAUUAUCCCCCCAUCGAAGCUCAGUCCGCAGACUCCUACGAUCAAUUUAUGCACACGCAAUUCGAAGGUCUUGGUCAAUCCUCCCUCGUCAUUCUCGACUCCACGCCACAAUCUCAAUCAAAGAUCUUCCGCCGGUCAAAGGGUGUUGGUGGUGACGAGACCGAGAUGAUGGCCAAUCUGGAUGUUUCAUUGAAGAUUGGGCAGUUUGACAGAGCUGCCGCGUUGAUUGCUCGCCUUGCUCAUUAUCAUCCACCUGGCUCGCCAGAGUACCUGGCACUCCACAACCGGUACUUGAAGGGGAUGGUGGGACAUAUGAUCCUCGCACGCGACCACUCCAUGGUAGCUCCAUUGCAAAAAUGGUUCGAGGUUGACAUGCCGGCCACAGCCGUGGUGCCAGAUGCGACCACAUAUGCACUCAUGCUCCGGGUGUCAUUGCGAAUGCUUCACGGGGCAAGGCGCGAACGGACCGUGCGUCGUUAUUGGGAACUUGCCCAAAACGCCGGUGUGGAGGAGGAGCUUGUCGGUUUGGAGGUUCUUGAGGACUCGGAUGUUGGUGAACUGUCCAAGAUUUGCUCUUCCGAUAUGUUGAACCUCAUCUCUAAGUAUAUGGACUUUUCCCAGCUGGAAACUACCGCGACGCCCGACUACAAUGCCACUACCGACGACACCCCCGAGGUAAACGCUGCCAAUCUGAAGGGACUGGGGUUGUCAUCUCUGAGACAGUCUAUGGCUUCUUUCGGCAAAGAGCUCCACCUUCCUGCCACCUUCCAGGGCACCGAGGAGGAGGCCAAGGAACUACUCGCCGAGAUGAGACAACGUCAGCUUGAGACCGACAGUCUUAGCUCUGCCAUCGACCGGUGGCGCCAAGAUCAGGAAAAGAGACAGAAGGCCGGACUGAACGCCGCUUCCGAUGAAAAGAAGCUAAGCUCUCUGAUGAGCCAAUGGCACACAGACCUCGUGCCAAGGAUCAAGCGAGAAGUUGAGAUGUACGAAGAGGGCUUGAACACUCCGAUGGCAACCGUCGAACACAAGGAUCGCUGCGAGUACGGUGUCUUCUUGAAGGCCAUGGAUGCGGAUCGUCUCGCCGCAAUCACCAUCUUGUCUGUAUUGGGUACCUUCAGUCGUUACGGAGCAGCAAAGGGAAUUAAACUGUCCGCCCUGAGUACCUCCGUGGGAAGAGAAGUGCAAGAAGAACUGAUUGCGGAUGCAUAUCUGGCUAAAACCAAAACCGGAGAUCCAAAUCGCCUGAAGGCUGUUAAAGAAUUCCUCGCCAACCGCAGAGACAAAGAGGGUCGUCUUCGAUGGAGAAAGCUCGUUGAGACCAUUGCCACAGAGGAUUCAGCUAUCUUGUGGGGCUCUCGUGUUCAAGUCAGGAUCGGCACUGUCUUGAUUGCUUUACUAUUGGAGGAAGCCAAGGUCCCGGUUCGAUCGGGUGACAAUAUCACACAAAAGAAAACCAUCAGCAUGCAGCCAGCCUUUUCUCACGCUUACACCAUGCACUAUGGAAGGCGUUCUGGGCUAGUUCACAUGCAUCAGAAAGUUGUCGAAAAAGUUGCCAGGGAGCCACUGCCUGAACAGGUGGCCCGUCACCUGCCUAUGAUCUCGAAGCCCAAGCCGUGGAUAGGUCACCGGUCUGGAGGCUAUCUAAUUUAUCAGAACAACAUCGUGCGCUCGACCCCUGGUGAACAGCUCCAGCCAGCUUACCUCAAAGCUGUUCUCAGGGACGACGGAAUGAAAGAGAUUAGAGCUGGACUCGACGUUCUUAGUGGCACCGGCUGGAAAAUCAACAAGCCUGUUUUCGACGUUAUGUUGGAAGCCUGGAAUGAUGGGGGCUCUAUUGGAAACCUUGCUCCCUUGGAUCCAAAGCUGGAAGACCCCGAAGCGCCAGGUCCAGAUGCAGACUAUGCCGCCCAGAGAGCUUACGAUCGAAAGCUGGUCGAAAUUGAGAAUCUUCGCUCGGGCCUCCAUUCCGUGCGAUGCUUCCAAAACUUCCAAAUGGAGGUCGCACGGGCUUUCCGAAAUGACACAUUCUACCUGCCCCACAACAUGGACUUCCGUGGCAGAGCUUACCCACUUCCUCCCUAUCUCAACCAGAUGGGUGCUGAUAACGCAAGAGGAUUGCUUCUCUUCGAUGGCGGAAAAGCUCUAGGCGCAACUGGUUUGCGUUGGUUGAAGAUCCACAUUGCAAACUUGUUUGGCUUUGAUAAGGCAAGCAUGUCUGAACGUGCACAGUUCACCAUGGACAACCUCGAAUCUGUUCUUGACUCUGCAAACAAGGGAUUGCAUGGUCAAAAAUGGUGGCUUCAAGCUGAAGACCCAUGGCAGCUUCUGGCAGCUUGCAUCGAACUCCGGAAUGCUAUGCUUCUGCCUGACCCGACCCAAUAUGUCUCUCACCUUCCAAUUCACCAGGAUGGCUCCUGUAAUGGUCUCCAGCACUAUGCGGCUCUUGGUGGUGAUAAAGUCGGUGCCCAGCAGGUCAACCUCGAGCCUUCUGAUCGCCCUUCGGACGUUUACACUGGUGUGUGUGAAUUUGUCAAGGAAUCGAUUGCGAUAGAUGCAGCCGAGGGUCAGGAGCUAGCCAAGCUCUUGAAUAACAGAGUCACCAGAAAGAUUGUCAAGCAGACAGUCAUGACCAACGUCUACGGCGUGACCUUUUUGGGAGCAACCCGUCAAGUCAAAAAACAGCUUGUUGACUAUCUACCCGAUUUGGACCACGCACAACGGUCCCACGCUUCUUUCUACAUUGCGCGAAAAAUCUUCGGUGCUCUUGGAAGUAUCUUCAACGGAGCUCACGAGAUCCAACAUUGGCUGGGUGACUGUGCUCAUCGAAUCACGGUGUCAAUCACACCAGAGCAGGUCGACGAACUCACCGAAAAGGCAAUGGCGCCACCAAAGGAAUUACAAUCAAAAAACAAAUGCCUCGACCCAGAAAAGGCGUUCAGAUCAACUGUUAUCUGGACCACCCCACUCGGUCUGCCAGUCGUUCAGCCAUACCGCAGUCGCAAAUCGCGUCGUGUUCAGACCAGCAUGCAGGACAUUAGCAUUCUUGACCCCAGCUCCGACGAUGUUGUUCAACGCCGCAAACAGCUUCAAGCUUUCCCGCCCAAUUUUAUUCACUCUCUUGAUGCCACGCACAUGAUUCUAUCUGCCAAUGCGUGCCACGAGGCAGGCCUGUCCUUCUCUGCCGUCCAUGAUUCCUUCUGGACCCACGCUGCCGACAUCGAUCAGAUGAAUCUCAUUCUUCGCGAUGCCUUUGUUCGCAUGCAUUCCGAUAAUGUUGUCGGGCGUCUUGCCUCUGAGUUCAAUGUUCGAUAUGGCAAGAACCUUUUCCUUGCCCGAAUCAACCGUUUCUCCGACAUUGCCAAGGCCGUCAUGGCACACCGUUCGUCUUGCAGACAAACCAAGAUGGAAGAAUUAAUCCAGGAGAAACAGCGCCAAUUCCUUCUUCAAUCUUCAGAUCCAGAAGAUCAGGCCGAGGGCCGCGCUAUGGUCACCCCCUCCAGCAUCUUCGAAGCGAUGGGCGGUGGGCACGAUGACAUGGUGCUCACCAGAACAAAGUCUCAUGCCAAUACUGGCAUUGGACACAUUCCAGAAGAUCUUCCCACCAAUCUGGACAAUGAAUUGUCGACCAACGAGCUUGAUACUACCGACCCUGCUAUUUCAAGUCUUGUUGGUGAAAUGGGGUUGUUCGAUGACAGCAAGCCCUCUUCGUCCCUGGAGGGAGAAGAUGACGAAACUGAACGACAGCCCAAGAAACAAGCCAGACGUGAUUACACCACUUGGCUCUGGAUGCCCCUGACCUUCCGCCCAAUCCCUAAGAAGGGUGACUGGGAUGUUACCCGCAUUCGCGAGAGUGAAUACUUCUUCUCUUGA